CUGCCAUGUUGGCGGAAGCGGUGCCUCUGUGCGGUGGAAACGGGCCGUGGCUGCGGUCGCAGCGUCCGAGCGCGCAGCCUCCUGCUUCUCCUCGCUCGAGUCUCGGCGCCGAGAGGCGGCGGCCGGCGGGAUGGAGAAAAGUAGGAUGAACCUGCCCAAGGGGCCGGACACGCUCUGCUUCGACAAGGACGAGUUUAUGAAGGAAGAUUUCGAUGUGGAUCACUUUGUGUCCGAUUGCCGGAAGCGCGUGCAGCUGGAGGAACUGAGAGGUGACCUGGAACUCUAUUACCGACUCCUCAAAACAGCCAUGGUGGAGCUCAUCAACAAAGACUACGCGGAUUUUGUCAACCUGUCCACAAACUUGGUUGGCAUGGACAAGGCCCUCAAUCAGCUUUCUGUGCCUUUGGGACAGUUACGAGAAGAAGUUCUGAGCCUCAGGUCGUCUGUCAGUGAAGGCAUUCGGGCAGUGGAUGAACGGAUGUGUAAGCAAGAGGACAUCAGGAAGAAAAAGAUGUGCGUGUUGAGGCUUAUACAAGUUAUUCGAUCAGUUGAAAAAAUUGAAAAAAUCUUAAAUUCUCAAAGCUCUAAAGAAACAUCUGUACUAGAAGCAAGCAGCCCACUUUUGACUGGACAGAUCUUGGAGAGAAUUGCCACAGAAUUUAACCAGUUACAAUUUCAUGCUGUUCAAAGCAAAGGCAUGCCUCUUUUGGACAAAGUAAGACCGCGGAUAGCCGGCAUUACAGCCAUGUUACAGCAGUCACUGGAAGGCCUGCUCUUAGAAGGUCUCCAGACUUCCAACGUUGAUAUAAUACGGCACUGCCUACGGACCUACGCCACAAUUGACAAGACACGGGAUGCUGAGGCCUUAGUCGGUCAAGUUCUAGUGAAACCCUACGUGGAUGAGGUGAUUGUAGAGCAGAUUGUUGAGUCUGAUCCGAACGGCCUUCAGAUCAUGUAUGAUAAGCUCCUGGAGUUUGUUCCUCACCAUUGCCGCCUUCUUCGAGAAGUCACAGGAGGGGCCAUCUCCAGUGAAAAAGGCAACAGUGUUCCUGGAUAUGAUUUUUUGGUGAAUUCUGUCUGGCCAGAAAUAGUACGAGGAUUAGAAGAAAAACUGCCUUCACUUUUUAAUCCUGGAAAUCCCGAUGCAUUUCACGAGAAAUACACCGUAAGCAUGGAUUUUGUAAGAGCAUUUGAACAGCAGUGUGGAACACAGGCCAGCGUGAGGAGAUUAAGAGCACAUCCCGCCUAUCACAGCUUCAGUAAUAAGUGGAACUUGCCUGUUUAUUUUCAAAUAAGAUUUAGAGAGAUCGCAGGAUCCUUAGAAGCAGCACUUACAGCCGGGUUGGAGGACGCUCCAGCUGGCAGUUCGUUUUGCCUUUUGGCUUCUCACAGAACAUGGAGCAGCCUUCAGAGGUGCUGGUCAGAUGAGAUGUUCUUGCCGGUGCUGGCGCAUCGUCUGUGGAGGCUCACGUUGCAGAUUUUGGCUCGGUACUCCGUGUUUGUCAGCGAGCUUUUACUCAGGCCCAUCUCUAAUGAAAGUGCCAAGGAUAUUAAAAAGCCUUUGGUAACUGGUGGCAAAGACCCUUCAGUUACCCAGGGAAACAGUGAAGACCAAGCAAGUGGCCCCGCGGAAACAAAGCCCGUGGCUUCCAUUUCCAGUACGCAGCUUAUAUAUGUGGUCGCCGACCUGGACAAGCUUCAGGAGCAGCUUCCAGAACUCUUGGAAACAAUCAAGCCAAAACUUGAAAUGAUUGGCUUUAAGAAUUUUUCUUCUAUCUCAGCAGCCCUGGAGGACUCCCAGACGUCUCUGUCCGCCUGUGCUCCUGCCUUGAGUGACAGGAUCAUCCAAGACUUAAGCGAGUCUUGCUUCGGCUACCUGAAGAGUGCCCUAGAGGUCCCCAGGCUCUACCGAAGAACCAAUAAGGAAGUGCCAACCACAGCCUCCUCUUACGUGGACAGUGCCCUGAAGCCAUUUCGCCAGCUUCAGAGUGGGCACAAGGAUAAGCUGAGACAGGCAGUAAUCCGACAGUGGUUAGAAGACGCCCUCUCUGAGAGCACUCAUAAGUACUACGAAACCGUGUCCGACGUUCUGAACUCUGUGAAGAAAAUGGAGGAGAGUCUGAAGCGGCUGAAACAAGCCAGGAAAACCACUCCCACCAACCCCAUCGGUCCCGGUGGCGGCAUGAGUGACGACGACAAAAUCAGGCUGCAGCUGGCCUUGGACGUUGAGUACUUGGGAGAGCAGGUUUUGGAGUCCCAGCAGGCGCAGGAGCAUUGCUGGACGUGGUGUCACUUAGGAGGCAGAUGUGGGUUGCAUGCCAGGCCUCUCUUCACACAGGUGACUCAUUCAAGGAUCAGGAAACUUCUCUCGUUCUUGAGAAGCUGGCUUUCUAUACUGUUUAGGGUCCCCAUAUAGCACACACCCUCCAGGAAGAUCUUGCAGCUGGAGGAGAAUUUCCAUCCGGAAGUGCUUGCUUUCCUAGCUGACUGAGGACUCUUGCACGUCAGGGUCCUCCCUGGAGAUCUAAAUUCUGCUGCUUUGAUGUGAAUUUAGAGAUCUAUCCCGGCGGAAGUCCGUUGCCCUAUUUCUCUCAUAAGAGAAACUUGCAGUCCUUUUACAAACCAGACAAUCUGGUAAAGAAAUAUGAAGAACAAAGAAGCCAGAGAAAGGGGGGGGGUGGGGGUGCAGGAAAAGAGACAGCACUCCUUGGUCGCCAGCCCCCAGAAUGAACGGCAGCACGCCGACAGAUGCUAAAUGCUUGGUGUGGGUUUUUCCAGAUUUUCCUGUGCGUGUGCGUGCGUGUGUUGCCGUUAACAAAAGCGGGCACGUGGUUUGUCACGACUCAGUUACCACGGCAAUCCACGGUAGUUGCUCUGCCACAGCAACCACAGUCCAUCAGAUUCUAAGAAAAUCUGUCCAUGACCCGUGAAGACAUUAAGUGCUCAGGCCAACGCUUUUGUGAAAACUCUCCACUUAAAAAAUAGUUCGCUCGGUGAUUUCUUUUCGUGCGCCUCCUUUGCAGUCCACAAAAGGGGCUCUUCCCCUGGCAAGAGCCUGAUCUGAUGGACUGAGAUAAAUGAACAUACUGGCGUCUUUGAAUGCACAGGGUUUAACCCCCAAAAGCGAAGCUCUGCAAUAAGCAGAUCCUUCCUGUGAAGGGAGAAGGCUCUGCCAGCCUUUGGGGAGCUGCCCUUUUCAGAUUCCAGAGAGGAUGGGGGUGACAUCCCGUGUGUUCUUUAUGAGGCUCUUUUGUUCGCGCUCAGCUCACACCGCGGUGCCUUUAUCCGCUC